UUAAAUGAAGAAAAUGGGAGGGAUAGCUGCAGUAUAGGAUAUCUGAGGGAGUGACAGACAAAGAAAGAGGGAGGGAAAGAAGAGAAUAGAGAGACAGCAGGAGCAAACUCACAGCCUCCUUUUCCUUCAGAGCUUUCUCCCUUCUUUCUCCUGGUGAUUCCAAGCUGAGAUCAACAUGAGGAUGCUGAGCCUCGGCUCCCUGUCCACUCUCCUCCUCCUGCUUUUCCUCUCCCCGCCUCCGCUGUCAGCCCAGGAGGUGCUGGUUCGCCUUGCAGGAGUGGGCCGGCGUGGUGCCAACGAGGGCCGUGUGGAGGUGUUCUAUAACGGAGCAUGGGGCACUGUGUGCGACGACGAGGUCGAUCUCAACCUUGCCAACGUGCUGUGCCGACAGCUCGGCUUCCAGCGCAGCUUCACCUGGGCUCACAGUGCCAAGUUUGGCCAGGGACAAGGUCCAGUCUGGUUGGACAACGUGCGAUGCAAGGGCACAGAGCUCUCCAUCACACAAUGUCGCUCCAACGGUUGGGGAAUAAAUGACUGCACCCAUGCCGAGGAUCUCGGGGUCAUUUGCAGUCCAGAAAGAAGACCUGGCUUCGCUCCUGCGACUGUGGAGGACGUUCCUCCAACCGUCAGGCACCAGCAAAGCCAACCACGACAGAGGAACCCACCACCUACCGUGCCACAGUGGGCGAACCCUUCUCCACCUGCAGCUUCCUCUCCAAUCAGAGGCCAUGAGAUCGCUCUCCAUCGCACGCCAACCUCUGCCCGUCGCAACAUCUCCCCACAGGAAAAUGGCCACGAGAUCCAGAUUUUGCGACGGAAUCGCGGAGGGUCCCGAACAAGCCAGCAUGUGAGCCCAGCUUUGCCGCAAGGACACCAGCUGCCUUCACGACUGGCAAACAGCGCAGCCUACAGGCAGAGGCAGGAGGGCAGCCAGCCAGCAGUGAGACAGGAAGCAGAAGGACAGGUGUACAGACAGCCUCCCUCCCAGCAACAGUCUGAGCGCAGGAGCGACAGGUAUCAACAGCUCAGCGGGAACCACGUCGAGCCAGACUCCGCAUUUCCAGACACGGGGCUGGAGACCGAUGUAGUGUACACUCAGGGAGCUGAGCGGGUUCACCUAGAGGAGGCCCGGCUGGUGCCCGUGCUGUCCAGCAACCACGGCGGUCUAGUGACGGAGGGAGUUCUGGAAGUGAAGCAUGCUGGGAAGUGGCGUCACGCGUGCAGCCAGGGGUGGGACCUGAGCAACAGCCGUGUUGUCUGUGGCAUGUUAGGAUUCCCUGCUGCUGAGGCGUUUGACGAAAACGCCUACAGGAAACUGUGGGACUCCAAACUAGCGGAUCCAUCCUCCAGACUGAGGACUCUGAUCACUAAAAAGUCCUACUGGGUGGAGAAAGUGCAGUGUCAGGGCGUGGAGGCCUCCCUGGCCCAGUGCCAGGCUCAGCUGUUCCUCCCCAGGGGUGAUGUGCCGUGCAGGGGCGGCAUGCACGCUGUGGUCCGCUGCGUCCCCGGAUCUCAGUUCGCUCGCUACGGCAGAGCCCCCGCUCCACCCGCCGUGCCGCCUGUAGUCCGUCUGAAGUCGGGACCACGGCUCGGGGAGGGACGCGUGGAGGUGCUACGUGAGGGCAAGUGGGGCACAGUGUGUGACCAUUUGUGGGACAUCAGUGCAGCCAGUGUCGUCUGCAGGGAGCUGGGCUUUGGAACAGCCAAAGAGGCCCUCACCAAGGCUCAACUUGGACAAGGUACUGGUCCCAUCCACAUGAACACCGUCCAGUGCACAGGCAGGGAAAGGUCGAUUACAGAGUGUCACUACAGGCCGGUACCGCUUUACAGCUGCAAGCACACUCAGGAUGUAGCGGUCCGGUGCAACACGCCUAAAACUGGCCUGGAGGCCACGGUGCGUCUGGCCGGAGGCCGGGAGCCCACAGAGGGCCGCGUGGAGGUGCUGAUGGAGGUCGGAGGGGUGAGGCGCUGGGGCUCUGUGUGCAGUGAGAACUGGGGCAUCAACGAGGCCAUGGUGGUCUGUCGCCAGCUGGGCUUGGGCUUCGCUGCGAGAGCUCAUCAGGAGACCUGGUACUGGCCGGGUUCUUCAAACGCUGGAGAGGUGGUGCUGAGUGGGACUCACUGCGUCGGCACAGAGAUGUCCAUCCAGCAGUGCCGCAGGAACACGCACGUGUACUGCCCGCGAGGCGGCGACGGCAGGGCCGCAGGUGUGGCCUGUGUAGAAACUGCUCCAGACCUGGUGGUGGAUGCCCAGCUGGUCCAGGAGACGGCCUACCUGGAGGACCGCCCCCUCCACUUGCUCACCUGCGCCAAUGAGGAGAACUGUCUGUCCUCGUCCGCCGCCAGGAUGAACUGGCCCUACGGCCACCGCCGCCUGCUGCGCUUCUCCUCCCGCAUCAUGAAUAUGGGUCGGGCUGACUUCCGCCCCCGAGCCACCAGAGAAAGCUGGGUGUGGCACCAGUGUCAUAGGCACUACCACAGCAUCGAGGUGUUCACCCACUACGAUCUGCUGACCCUCAACGGGACCAAGGUGGCGGAAGGUCACAAAGCCAGCUUCUGCCUGGAGGACACCUACUGCCCCGAUGGCACUCACAAGCGCUACGCCUGCUAUAACAUGGGGGAUCAGGGCAUCUCAGUAGGCUGCUGGGACACCUACCGCCACGACAUCGACUGCCAGUGGGUUGACAUCACAGACGUGCGACCUGGUGAAUACAUCUUCCAGGUGGAGGUGAACCCGUCCUUAGACAUGGCUGAGUCUGAUUUCCAGAACAACGCGAUGCGCUGCAGGUGCAAGUACGACGGAGCCCGCGUCUACAUGUUUGGAUGCCACGCAGGGGACGCCUACAGUGCCGAGGUGGAGGAUCUGUUUGACCACCAGCGUCAGAUCUCCAACAACUUCCUGUGAAUGGAUGAACACCCAGAUUUAAGGACGGAACUGUACAACUCCUCACCGUGCGCCACUUGGCAGGGGAAGGAGACUGAAUGACAAUGACAUGGCAGUAAAUAGGAAGGCGAGGGCCAGCAGCAGGAGGGUGGGAAACGGAAAUGCUUUGAAAGGACUAAUAGGAUCCUGCCACUGAUCAUCAGCAGCAGUGGCUGUUCCUGUUAGACAGUCAAAGAGACAAAAGGAGAAAUUAGAAACACUAAAUUUGUCUUGAAUUCUUCACUAAUUUAAGUUCCUUGAUUAAAACAUAAGCCCAGUUUGAAAAGUAAUGCAUUGAAGGCACAGGAGAGCGACGCGCCCAAUCUUCACAGUUUAUCACAAGGCUGUUAAUGACAUCAAAUGUAAAUGAAACCAUGUUUUCUGUGCUUUCACUGUUACCAUUACAAAAUGCGUUUUUACUGACACAACUGUGUGCGUGUUUGGGUUCGAAACGAGAAACCUUUAUUUUAUGGUGCUACUUUCCUUAUUUGAAUAAAUUUUGUAAUGUAUUACAAAUGUAUUGUCAUGUACAGUUUUAUAAUACCUCUCUGGAAUAUUGUUCUUUACGGCUCUAAUUUAUACAGAAUUUUAACUUUUGCGUUGAAAUGUGUCCCUGUGUGGCUGUGUUUUGUAUUGUUAAUUUUAUUACUAUGAUAAGUAUUUUUACUUGUUUUCUUCUGUACCUGUUUAACAUCAGCAACAUCCGAUGAGAUGAGUUUAGAACUGGUACAGCUACCAUUGCCACAGUACUUGGUGAAGGUAGUGAAAGAAUAAACGUCAGACUGACCAAAC